AUGGAGAAAGGACAGGAAGAAGCGGAAAAGAGCGACAAGAACAAGAACAACAAGAAUAAUGCGGAACAACACAAAAACCGCAAACGGGAAGGAAGAAACGCCGAACGACGCGAACGCGAAGAGAGAGAAGGGGGGGAGAAGGGGGGCGAGAGAACCGAGGGAGCGCUGGGCAAAGGCGAGGCGGAGGAACGCGAGGACGAAGAAAGGCGCGAAGGCCUACAGGCGAGGGCGCUGGGGCAGCGGGAGAGAGAAGAAGAGGCCCCGACCGCGGGGCCGGGCAGGGAGGGAAGGGAGAGAGGAACGAGGCCAAAACGGAGCAGAGCGCGGAAUAAAAGGAGCAAGAGGGGCAAAGGGGCACAAACAACGAAAAGGCAAAGAAGCCGAAAAGGCAAAGGCGAGCCGACAGGCGAAAGGAAAGAGGACGACGG